GCAUUUCAAAUUUAAUAAAUAAUAAUGUAGUGGUUCAAAUAUAUCACUAUGUAGCAAUUAUAACGCAGUAGACAGCCCAUGUUUAUGCAAUGCAAGUGCUAAGGGGUGCGAUGAUGAAUAGAUAGCUUACACAAAACCAUUGUUACCUUACGAGGGAUAACAAUGGUUAUCGCAACUUUGAUAGCCGCCAUUGUAUGGCAGGCUUGCAUCUCUAAAAUAUGUUAUCCAGCAUGGGUUCUGUCGGUAGUCGAUGCUGCGCCCAUUGGCAAGACACCCUCGGGGAGCCUAAAGGAUUGUCCAAGUCACAAGAUAGAUGUUUACAAAGGCCCAAAACCAAAGAUCGUACUACCUAUGAUACCUAUGCAAAAUAACAAUACACCCGGAGCGUUCAUGCAAAUUGGCAAUACAAUUAGUCUUCCGCCAAAGUCAUCUGUAGUAAAGCAACACAAGGAUAAUAUUUCAAAGACAAAAUCUGGCAAGGUCGCCACAGUUUUUCCUGGUAGGGGACCCAAUGGAUCCAUGGGUGUUGAUAUGGAGACGAAAAGGCGUCAUGAAGAACGCAUUCGUAAACAAUCUCUAGAACAACUUGCAGCAAUGGAUAAUAAUACAUCGGAAAAGGAUGAAAUCCCUGUUACGGUAACUCGUCAGGAAACUGCUUUUCCAAGGGUACCAGCAAAUGCAUGUCUGGAUUUCGCUUCACUUAGGCAUACCACGUUUGUAGUCGAGGCAUACAUAGGCAAACCAGGUCAGAAGUUCCUACCAAUACUCGAUACCGGAAGUACCAAUGUAUGGGCAAUACACCCAGAAUGUACAUCAGCGGGUUGCAUGGAAGCUAUCAAAUACGAUCCUGCAAGGUCUAAAACCUUCAAACCUCUAGAGGCGGCAGAUUCAAUCGUACGCGCCCGUUUUGUGUCUGGAGUGGUAUUAGGUACCCUCGGAUACGAUGAUUUCACCAUUGGUGGAUUCACUGUUAAGGGACAACUCUUCGCCAUGAUGCGUGAUAUCCCCGAUAAAUCAACCAAUGAUAUACUAACAGAAACUCCUUUUAACGGAAUGAUUGGAUUAGGAUUCAAGGACCUUAUGGUCAUGAACUCGGAACCGCUGUACCAGAGAUAUAUGAAAGUUGUGGGCGCGGAACCUAUAUUCAGCUUCUAUUAUUCACGCAAUGGAGUUGGAUCUGCUUUCCUCGUUGGUGGUGCAGAUGAACGAUUACAUAAGGGUCCAAUGCAAAUGAUGCCUGUGGUACCAGGCUAUUAUUGGCAGGUCGAACUUGAAGAAGUAUUCGUUGGCAAACGUAAAGUAUGCUGUGAUAAGCAAUCAUAUGCAGUAUUCGACACAGGUACAGCUUUUAAUAGUAUGCCACAUGCCGCUAUCAAUACACUCCUGGAGGAAUACCCUUUCUAUGAGUGCAACGCUGAAAAUAUGAACAGAGUAUACGCAGCACUGCCAACCAUAAAAUACACCUUUUCAAAUGGAGUACAAGCUAAAUUGACACCCGAGCAGUAUACCUAUGAAUCUGAAGGAGUUUGUCGACCAGCAUUUAUGCAAAUUAACGUCGACGUCGCAGGAGGCGAAGGAUACCUACUUGGUAGCAUGGCAUUCAUGCCACACUAUUACACCGUAUACUACGGUGGAGAAUCGCCAAUGAUUGGUAUUGCGCCGUCUAACCACGAAAAUGCACCCAAAGUUGUUGCUGAAUACACAUCUAAACAUAAAAAAGCCUAGAACUAAAUUGCAGAU